AUGGAUCAUCAAGAUCAGAGAAUUCGUAUUAACAAAUGGUUUGAUUUGCGUCAAAGAGUUAUAGUUCAACUAAUGUGUGCUGUGAAUUUGGAAAGCUUUGAUGUUGGUUACGAUUUUUCUGUACCUGAAGCACAGUCACCAGAUCCGUUAAGUGGGAGUAAAAGGAAGAAAAUGAAAGUGGUAAAAAACAAAGAUACAAACAACGAUAUUACUGAACUCCAAGAAUCAAUUGUCUUGGUUGCAAAUGCACUAACCGAAGGAAAUGCUGCAAUACGAGAAGGAAAUGAAAUAAUGAGAGAGCGUCAGAAAUAUGAAUUGCCUCCAAUUUCAGGGGAAGAAACAUGGAAUUUAAUAAAGGAGUGUGGAUGUGAUGCAAAGUCAUUGCCGCAAAUAUAUUGCAUUGUAAUGAAAGAUGCUGACAAACUUAGGAUGAUUCUCCAGUGUCCACCUGAAGCCCGCAAAGCAGUGAUAAUGCAAAUGGUCUUUGGCUCAUCUGAUUGA